UCUUAGUCUUCUAUCCAUUUUCAACUAUGAGUAAUUCCGAAAUAUCAUCAUCCUCUUUGUCUUCAAACGGAACCGAUGAUUAUUAUUAUCGGGUCAUGGCUUCAUUUCAUGAGGAGCAAGAUUUAUUGCUUCGCAUGUAUGCGAAUAAUAAUCACCUCUUGGCAGAGUUGGAUGACAAUGAGGACGACGAGGCCGAAUCGAGGCGUAGAGGAGCAGUUCCUGGCCAUAUAGUUAUUAAUCGUCCUCGACAAGAAGCUGGAUAUAAUCUAUACAUGGACUACUUUGCUGAGGUUCCGCGAUUCAGAUAAGCAAAAUUUCGCAGACGAUUUCGAAUGAGCAAAAGUUUAUUUCAUCAAAUUGCGGAAGCCGUCAAAGAUCACGACAAUUUCUUUGUGCAACAACGCGAUGGUAUUGGUAAGCUCGGAUUAUCAUCUUUGCAAAAAUUUACAGCUGUUUUUCGAAUGCUUGCAUAUGGUGUACCAGUUGAUGCUCUUGAUGAAUAUUUAAAAAUUGGUGAGUCUACUGCAAUUCGAUGUAUGAAAAGGUUUUGUAUGCCCAGGCAAAACAACAUCUACUAGAUGAUCCUAACUAUACAAAGAAGAAGCUUCAAUUUGAUCAUGUGUGGCCUAUUCUCAAGGAUGCUGAAAAAUGGACCGAUAAUGGAAGAAGUUCAACUAAACCACGACAAAAAAAUUAUUCAAGUGAAGGAUAUGAAUCAACGUCUCGCACAUCACAAUCGUCAGGUACAUUACCAUUUGAUAUCGAUUUGAAUGCAGAUGAAGACGAACAAGAGCUGUUUAGUGAUGAACUUGCCUCACCUCAUCGGCCUAUUGGUGUAAAGAAAGCAAAUCUGAAAAGGAAAGAGUUGAAUGAGAAGAGUAAGAUUGCUCAACAAGUGAAAGAAUCCAACCAAGAACUGAAGGAGUUACUUGAAAAAAGCUUGUUGGAGAGAAAUGUUUUUUCCUCUAAGCAUGAGGAAUAUGCAUCUCAAACAUUUGCUAUUCAACGUCAACGUGAGGAGAGCAAGAUCAUGCUUACUAGUUUGGAUUCAAUUACAGAUCCAGAAGGACGUGAGUACUUACGAAUGAAAAAAAAUGAAAUAAUGGAGAGAAGAGCUCGUGAAUCCCAACUACAACAAUCACCUGCAACAUUUGGCUAUGGUAAUUUUGGAUAUGGACAACACUAUGGAGGAGGAAGUGGUGGAUAUGGACAACAUUAUGGAGGAACAGCUGGAUAUGGUGAAAUUCCUCAUUAUGGAGGAAGUGGUGGAUCUGGAACAAGUGGUGCACAUGCAGGAGUGCAGCAAUUCGGUGGUAGCAGUGGAUCCAAUACACAUGGUGGAUAUGGAGGAAUGCCAGAACAUGGAGGAAGUAAUGAUAGUCUACCGGAAUACUAACUGUGGUGAUUAAUAGUUUUAUUUAUAUUUAUAUUAUCAUUUUGUUAUUUUGUUUUAUGUAAGUGUGUGUGGUAC